CUUACACCAAUCCCCCCAGCCUCUCCCCAAUUCUGGUCCACUAAAUUCUCUCUGCGACUUCCCUUGUAUCCUCAUACCUAAUCUUAAAUUACUUAUUCUAGCACAACGGCCCCUUCGCUGCUGGCUCCCAAAUGCCCAUCUCCAUCCUUCCACCCUCCCUUCCCACAUCUACGCACCACCUCCCCCGCAAUGCCUCCUCCGACGUUGAAAUGUCCGACUCUGACUCCGACCUCCCCUCCUCCACCAAAAAUCUCGUAACACCUGGCGAAGCCAUAACCUCCGACCCCCAAUGGAUGCGCGGUCACGGAACCUACAUCCCUCCCACCUCCACAACAAUAAUCUCGACCGUCGCCGGCACCCUCCACAAAACUAACAAAUUACUCUCCGUGCAACCUCUACGUGCACGGUACCAACCUGAAAUUGGAGACCUGGUAAUCGGCCGGAUCGUCAGCGUUCAGACCAAGAAAUGGAUGGUCGAUAUCGCAGGCCCGAUGUUAGCUAGCCUCCCCCUCAGCGCGAUAAACCUUCCCGGAGGAAUCCUACGACGACGCACUGCGGUGGAUGAAUUGAAUAUUCGGACUUUUUUCUCUGAGGGGGAUUUACUAGUUGCGGAGGUGCAGGCGCUGCAUGGUGACGGAAGCGCAGCGCUACAUACGCGGAGUUUGAAGUAUGGGAAGCUGCGGAACGGCGUGUUUACUUCGCUGUCAGGGGCUGGGGGCGGGAUAAUGUCGCGGAGGGGUGGCGUGGUGCGAAGUCGGCGACAGGUGUUUACGCUGCAGACGGCGGCGGGGGAGGUGGAUGUCGUGUUGGGUGUGAACGGGUAUAUUUGGGUGUCGAAACAUACACGGCCGACGGAGGGGAAGGAUGUCAGUAUUACAAGAUUAGAGGAAACUGUUAGUGAGACGCUGUAUUCAAGUCAGAAUGAUGAGAUUGAGAAGGGGGUUAUGCGCGAGAUUGCGAGGGUCAGCACGCUGGUUAAAGGGCUGGCGCUUUGUGGGGAGAGAGUUGAUGAGGAUAUGAUUGUUAGGGUGUACGAGCAAGUCGUAGAGAUGGAGGCUGAGGAACAGAGUAUGGGGGAUGUUAUGGGUGUGGAGAAGAAGAUUGGAGCGAAGGGCAUUGUGGAGAAUGUAUUGUUGCGGUUGGAGAGUGGUGGGUGAACGGUGAAUACAGUAGGGAACCGAGUUAUGAUACCCAAUGUUCGAUAAUAUUGAUGGCAUGGAAUGGGAUACUGUUUGCAGUAACGGAGCUCUCCAUGCUCUAGUCACCUACACUCCUUUGACCCACUGCUGCCUAGCUACCCCACAUGCUACGGCCCAGAGCUAUUGCUGGCCCUAGGUCACAUGACG